AUGAAGUUGAGCUGGAUAACCCUGCUACAUGUGUUUACGGCCACGGCUGCUGCGGCUAGCAGAUCCAAUGACCAAAAUGUCCUGAAAGAUUACACUUGUGAUCACACAGGAUAUGAAGUUCAUCUGUUUACCACGUCACCCCUGGUUAUCUAUAUUGCCAACUUUGUUACUCCUUUCGAACGAGAACAUCUCAAGAGAAUCACGAAUGGGACUUUUGCCCGCUCCAACGUCGCUUCAAGCGGAGGGGACGUCGUGUCAUCCCACCGGACCUCGCAGUCAACAACGGUGAUACCGGACGCCGUGACACAAUGCAUCCUCGAGCGCGCGCGACAGUUCCAAGGCCUGGGUACGCCGCCCACUCAUUUGGAGCCGAUCCAGCUUGUCAAGUACGGCCUUGGAGAGCAGUACCAUUUUCAUACGGAUUGGUUCCCGGCCGACUCGGGAGAGCAUGGAUCUGUAACGAAGGGCGGUAAUCGUGUGAGCAGCUUCUUCACCUAUGUUUCAGUCAGCGACGACAUUGCUGGCGGGGGAACAAACUUCCCUCGACUUCAGCCACCGCCGGGAAAGGGAUGGUGCAAGUUCGUUGACUGCGACGAGCCGUGGGAGGCGGGAGUGACGUUCCGCCCGGUGGAAGGUAAUGCCCUGUUCUGGACGAACUUGGUCGACAGAGACACGGGCGACGAGCGAGUUUUACAUGCUGGUCUGCCGAUUGUUAGGGGACAAAAACUGGGAAUGAAUAUUUGGACGAAACAGGGACCUUUCAAUUGA